AAACGGUAAAGUAUGAAAAAGUAUGAACUGUAAGCACGUUGCUUCGAUGGUCCUCUAAUCUACGUAUCGUGAGGUCGGUAUAAUUGACAUUGUGGAUAUUUGGCAUUGAUCUUCAAGUGCGAUAUCUACAGCUCUAAGAUCUUCGUAAUCGUGGUCCAUGUCACGUAACUCGAUUUGGGAGACAAACGAAGCCAAGUGGGAGCGAGAUCAGGGAAUCCGUAAUCUGCCGCGUUCUCAGAGAAAUGCAGAGUGCAAGUUACACACACAUGCACGCCGUACUAUUCACGUCGGUACAAAAACGAUUAGCACCGGCCACCGCAAACUGUUCUAUUCGAUCGACGAUCUUCCACGUUUUCAGACGAGUGCGCGGACCCGUAGGAAAAUACCUACGUAGACCGAUUAGAUAUGAUAAUGGCUACGGUCAACGUGACGCUACAAAUGCUUCGAAGCAUUCCUUUUCUCUUUUCUUUCAAUGAAGAAAGAAAGAGAAGAAGAACGCUCCAAAACAUUUGUAGCGUCACGUUGACCGUGUAGCCAAUGUCACGCGAUAGGAAAUGUUAUUGACCCAUGAGAUGAGGGAUUUCAGAACAGAUUACAAAAUGUCAAGAGAACGUGCCUCCAGAAGAUUUUAUCGGGUAGACAGCACUAAUGAUUUGUUUGAAUUUAUGGACCGUGGCUAUUCCGCCCAACAUGAAAAUCGGUGGAAUUUUGAAGUUGCUUGGGAAGUUGCCAAUAAAGUUGGCGGCAUUUAUACGGUAAUAAGAUCUAAAGCUUAUGUCUCAACUGAAGAAAUGGGCGAUCAGUAUUGUCUUAUUGGCCCGUAUAAAGAACAUUCGGCACGUACUGAAGUUGAGGAGGCAGACUUUCCUUCUCAUAACCCUUUGCAUCAAGCGGUACAAGUUUUACGUGAUCAAGGAUAUAAAGUAAUAACAGGAACGUGGUUGGUGGAUGGAAAUCCUCAAAUAAUUUUGUUCGACAUUGGAAGCGCUGCUUGGAAGCUAGACGAAUAUAAACAAGAAUUAUGGAGUACCUGCAAUCUUGGAAUACCUCAUCUCGAUAUUGAAGCUAAUGACGCUGUAAUACUCGGAUAUUUAGUCUGUCAAUUUAUAUCAGAAUUUAGAAAAGCAGCCGAAGAAUACUCGAGCAUUCCGCCGCGAGUAGUUGUACAUUGUCAUGAAUGGCAAGCAGGUGUUGGUUUAAUUGCUCUGAGAACAAGACACGUGGAUGUGGCUACGGUAUUUACUACUCACGCUACACUUCUGGGUAGAUAUCUUUGCGCAGGAAAGACUGAUUUUUACAACAAUAUGAAUAAGUUCAAUGUUGACCUAGAAGCAGGAAAGCGUCAGAUAUAUCACAGAUAUUGCAUGGAACGUGCAGCUUCACAUCUAGCACAUGUAUUUACGACAGUUUCAGACAUCACUGGCUUUGAAGCCGAACAUUUGCUCAAACGCAAACCUGAUAUUAUCACGCCGAACGGAUUAAAUGUAAAGAAAUUUGCGGCAUUGCAUGAAUUUCAGAAUUUACACGCUGUUAGUAAAGAGAAAAUACACGAGUUUGUGCGAGGUCACUUUUAUGGACAUUAUGAUUUUGAUUUAGACAAAACGUUAUAUUUCUUCACCGCUGGCCGAUAUGAAUUUGGAAACAAAGGAGCUGACAUAUUCAUAGAAGCUUUGGCCAGAUUAAAUCAUUAUUUAAAAACGUCCAGGCCUGAUCUAACAGUAGUUGCUUUCCUCAUUUUUCCUGCAAAGACUAAUAAUUUUAAUGUCGAAUCUCUUCGUGGUCACGCUGUAACAAAAUCUCUACGAGACACUAUCAAUGAUAUACAGCAAAAAAUAGGGAAACGAAUGUACGAGUUGUGUCUCUCUGGUCGUAUGCCUGAGGCUCAAGACUUGUUGCAGAAAGAGGAUACUAUUAAGAUAAAACGAUGUUUAUACGCACUGCAAAGGAAUGGAUUACCGCCUAUUACGACACACAAUGUUGUCGAUGAUUGGAAUGAUCCAGUGUUAAAUGCCAUUAGAAGAUGUAAUCUCUUCAAUACCGUCCAUGAUCGUGUUAAGAUGGUAUUUCACCCAGAGUUUUUAUCUUCGACAAAUCCAUUAUUUGGCCUCGAUUAUGAAGAAUUUGUCAGAGGAUGCCAUUUGGGUGUUUUCCCUUCAUACUAUGAGCCAUGGGGCUAUACACCAGCUGAGUGCACAGUCAUGGGAAUCCCCAGCAUCACCACUAACUUAUCAGGAUUCGGAUGCUUUAUGCAGGAACAUAUAGCGGAUCCAAUGAGCUACGGUAUCUACAUCGUCGAUAGACGUUACAUCGGUUUGGAAGCGAGCAUUCAACAGCUCGCUCAGUACAUGUUCGAUUUCGCACGACUUAGCCGUCGUCAACGUAUCAUUCAGAGAAAUCGUACAGAGCGUCUCAGCGAUCUCCUUGAUUGGCGAAAUCUUGGCAUUUAUUAUCGUCAAGCAAGAAUAAAAGCGUUGACUAGCGUGUAUCCGGAACUGGCAUCGGAAUAUGCAGAGGGUGGGAUUGGUCGAUUCACGUAUCCCAGACCGAUCAGUGAACCGCCAUCUCCGUCAUCUUCACGGCAUACAACACCGGCCGCUUCUGUGCACGGUUCAGAUGACGAGGACGAGGUUGAUGAAGAAAAAGAGCUAGAGGAAUUACGACAAUCGAAUGGAAGGUAAAUAAAGAGAACAAGAAGUAUAAUCGUGCGCAAUAAGUUUCAAGAUAAUUUAUAGAAUGCGCAUGUAACAUUAUAGCAUUGCCAAAAUACUAGUUGUACGUCCUAGUACGUGAAGUAUGUGUAUCUACAUGUUUUUAAAAAAUCUUAAAUAUUCUGAAUUUUGAACGUUUAUUUUAUUAAUAUCUGUCACUGCCGUGCAAAGCACAAAACAGAAUAUACGUCGUAAGUGAAGUAAAGAUAUAUACAGCAAUACGUGUACGGACUCACUUCGUACCGUGAUCAUUAUAAGUGAUAUUAUUUACAAUUUUUUGUUUGUUUACUAAUGCAAAUAAAACUUACGUUACUCUAUUAAGCAGAUCCAAACUCUCAUAAGGCGUGCGUAACAAAUAUUUCAAUAUACUAAUAUGGGAGAUUCUAAUACAUAAAAAAAGAAGAUAUAAUAUAGGUAUAUAUAUAUAUAUAUAAUAAAUUUUUUUAAAUUAAACGUCCCCCUUGUUACCCUAUAUUCUCUCCAAACCGUGUUUUGAUAUCUUUACUAGUUCCCGAGAUAUUCUGACUAAAAGCUUUCAACGUAAUACCCUCUGCAUAUACAGGGUAAUGAAAAACUACUUAAGUGCCAUAAAUUUGGGUGAUGAAAGAAGGGACCAAUACGAGCAUUUUAAGUAUAGGAUAGGAAUCAUGGGUCAACGAUGGCUUCGUUACGGUGCUACACACGUUUAAAGUUUCACUGCGGUGCGGAAAAACUUUGGUACGUAUAACUUCAGGGUCGAUAGAGGACUAUACUUAAAAUGCUUGUAUUGGUCCCUUCUCUUUUAUCACACAAAUUUAUAGCACUUAGUUUUUUUAUCUCACCCUGUGUGUAUAUAUAUAUAUAUAUAUAUAUAUCGCAGUGCCGUACGUGUGUGUGAGUUGUGUUUGCAUAUAGUAAUAUGAGCAUACAAUCAAUGAAUUUGAUAUACAUAAGUAUGUACGUAUACAGAAUAUAUUAUUGUUAUAUAGAAAUAAUUAUAUUUUUAUUAGAAUUAGCAUUUUUGAAUAAAAGUUUCAAUCAUCUUGAGUUAUAAAUCCUUGCAACAAUAUUUACAUCAUUCACGUAGCAAGAAAUGACGUUAAAGUACCAUGUUGCGAAAAAAUUGUAAAAAAUGUGGAUAACAACGUGCUGCAAUAAAUAAAAGACACGUCAACGAUAAUCAAAAAUUUUACUUAAUAAUAUUAACAUAAUAUACAAAAUGAAAUGACUAAGUUACAUUUUUUUGCGACACGUUUAUAUACGGCGAAUUUGGCACUUGUAUAAUACCAAAUUAUCCACUAUGUUAUUUAAUUUUGAAUAAAUAUUUACACAUUACAGAAGCGGUAUAACAUAUUACAUAAUUGAUAAUAAUUAUAGUUUAACAAAUACAACUGUGUACAAAGUCAUUGUAAUUUUUUUAGAUAACCUGAAGCUAUAUAUAUACGUUUAAGUAAUUACGACAAUAAGAAUGAUAAUUCGGAAUGAUUUUCUUAUCGCAUGACAUUAGUUAAUUAUCAUCAUAUAUGCAAUGAGAUUCCAUAUUGUAUUUAUGUUAUCUAUCUGCGUACGCGUUGUCUGUACUAAUAAAUAAUGUUAAAAAUGUU